AUGCUGGCGCUGACAACCGACAAAGCCGAGGAUAGUGGUGCAGAUGGAGGAGCCGGAAGGAGGUCGCGUGAAAAUGAGUGGUCAUGGAGCACGGUACGACGAGGCCACGACAAAAUGUACGACGGCACCCGCGACCAGGCGCUGGGCAUUUUCCAACUUGCUGCCAUGGUUCCUACGUCAGGAGCAGCCGGGAAGAAGAAGCGGUCUUCGUUGUUGUCUUUGACUCGUCGCAACGCGGAGAUCCAGAGCGAGGCGGCUGUCUUGCGGCAGACUGAUCGUCAGGCAGACGAGGCUAAUAGAGCAGCAGCGCAGGCCAACGACGCCGCUCAUCAGCGACGGCUGGCAUUGGCGAAUAAGAUCGUGGCGUUGGCGGAGGCGCAGCAGGACGAGUUCGAUCGAUGGGUGCCAGAAACGCCGGAAGACUACACGGUGGGCGAGUACCUCCAAUGGUAUACCGCACAGCCUGGCCUGUCCAUGAAGUCCAAAGUACACCAAGAGGCGUCCGUGGCCGCGUUUCGAGCGGAGAGGAAGAUGAAAGCUAGCGUGCACGGCCUGGACUCCGAUGAGGACGAGGGAAAGACGAUCGAUGAGAAAGGAGAAGAUAACGGGGGCAGCCGUAGCGCGUCGGACGAUGAAGACACCGAGUCGGAGGUAGAGCUCCUUGUCACCAGCGUCGUCGACUCGUACAGCACGAAACAGUUGAGUCGCUUGAAGCGGCCGUCGCCCCCGACGAUAUCGACUGCCGUGAAGAAGGCUUACAUCGCAGCGCGUGAUCGGAAGCCGUGGGAGCAAUGGGUGGAGAACUUUGUCUCGUUCGUGCCCGGUCAGACGAUGGCUGAGCGGUUCGCCGGGACGUCGGUGUUCCACUUUCUGUUUCACAAUGUCCACCCGUAUUGGGCCGAGAUCACGCAAGAGCCGUACAGUCUGGCGUCGAUGCAGACCAGCCUGGGCGAAGAGGAGACCGCCUGCACGUUCGACCCAGCGUUGCCAGCUGCGAUGCACGAGACGUGGGCGUGGGACUUCGUCUCUGCACAGAUGCGACUCAAGAAGGCGCCUGGAUGGGUGGGUCCCAUGUAUGACGAGGCGAACUCGGGCCUGGCGGCGACGCGUGGCAGUCCUUUCCCCUUUGUGCAAUUUCCAUCAGAUAUUUACGAACAACCCGUCUGGGUAGCGAGGCAGAACUCGACGGACCCCAACCUGCAAUGUGAGUUUGUGGCGGUCUUGGGUCAGGCAAACGCGGUGCGGUUAAGUACAGGGCAGCCCGUGGAUAAUACUGACGUGUUGGGAGGUCAGCCUGUCGACGUCCGAGGGGUGACGUUAAAGAAUCGUUAG